AUGGCCAUGGACCUCAUCUCAGGCAUGGCCUUCCCGGGCUCUUUGCCCGACUGGACGAACCUCAACGUCCUUCAUCGCAAUACUCUGGCCCCGCGCGCCCACUUCUAUUCUUAUGCCAAUGAGGAUGCCGCUCUGUCCUUCGACCGCUACCAGAGCGAGUUCCUAAGUCUCAACGGCACUUGGAAAUUCCACUAUGACCAGAGUCCAUUCGAAGCACCUAUCUGGGAAACGGCGAACGUGACGUCCUGGGACGACAUCGAGGUCCCUGGUAUGUGGCAGCGGCAGGGCUAUGGCCACCCGCACUACACCAACAUCGACUAUCCCUUCCCGGUAACUCCACCGAACGUCUCCUACAUCAACCCUACUGGGUCUUACUGGCGAGAGUUCGAGAUACCUGAAGACUGGGAUAGUGAUGAUCAGAUUCGUCUUCGUUUGGAGGGUGUUGACAGCGCCUUCCACGUCUGGGUCAACGGCGAGGAGGUCGGAUACAGCCAAGGAAGCCGGAACGCGCACGAAUUCGACAUCACCGACUACCUGACGCCCGGCGAAGCGAACUCACUCGCCGCUCGCGUUUACCAAUGGUCCGAUGGCUCAUACAUCGAAGAUCAAGACCAAUGGUGGCUGUCAGGUAUCUUCAGAGAUGUCUACCUCAUCCCAUUUCCUCGUUCCACCAUCGUGGAUUAUCAGGUAAACACCGAUAUCAUGGACUCGUUUGAAGGCGGCACCAUCAGGCUCAACGCAACAGUUCAAGGUGACGCAGGGAACAUGACGGUCAAACUCCUGUCUCCUAGCGGUGAUAUUCUUGACGAAAGGGUCGGGUCAUCGUCAGACAUCUAUCAAAACACUCUCGAGGGCGAAGACUUCCAUCUGUGGUCCGCCGAAACGCCGAAACUCUACACGGUUCUCAUCACCUUUAACGGUCGCACUAUCGGCCAGAAAGUUGGUUUCCGCCGUGUUGAGAUCGUGGGAUCCAAUUUCCAUGUCAAUGGAAAGCCCAUCACCAUCUACGGUGUCAACAGACAUGAGCAUCACCAUAUAACAGGUCGCACAGUUGCAUACAAGGACAUGAGGGCAGACCUCAUCCGCAUGAAGCAGUCCAACAUCAACACAAUCCGCACUUCCCACCAGCCCCCCCAUCCAGACUUCUUCGAUGUAGCGGAUGAGAUUGGUUUCUAUGUGAUCUCUGAAGCGGACUUGGAGUGUCACGGGUUCGGGAAGGUCGAAGAGACGGACGAAAAGUCGGCUGAGUGGACCUCGAACAACCCUGAUUGGGAGGAAGCCUACGUCGACAGAGCCUACCAGCUCGUCGAGAGAUUCAAGAACCAUGCGUCUGUGAUUAUUUGGUCGCUUGGAAAUGAGUGUUUCUAUGGAAGCAACCUGCAUUCUAUGACGACUUGGAUCAAGCAGCGCGACCCCAGCCGCAUCAUCCACUAUGAGCCUGAUCGGAACGCAACAUCAGUUGACAUGUACAGUCAGAUGUACAAGUCUCCGAAGACUGUGCGUGAGUGGAUUGGCAACCACACGGACAAGCCUUUCAUUCUGUGCGAAUAUGCUCACGCCAUGGGUAACGGGCCUGGUGGUCUCAAAGAGUACAUUGAGCUUUUCCGCGCCGAGCCCCUCGUUCAAGGAGGCUUGGUAUGGGAGUGGAGCAAUCACGGUCUUCUGAAGGAAGAGAACGGCACCGAGUUCUACGCAUAUGGCGGUGACUUUGGUGACGAGCCUAAUGAUGCCGACUUCAUCAUGGACGGCCUCACUCUCUCCGAUCACACCCCCAUGCCAUCACUUAUCGAGUAUACCAAGGCCAUUCAGCCAAUCACAGUGGUCCUCGCAGAGGAUGGCCACCACAUGGUUAUUACGAACCACUACGACUUCCUCGACGUUGACGAACUUGACGCGUCUUGGCAUGUCGUGCAGGACGGGCAAGAUGCAACUGAAUCUCGCCCUUUGGGACUUGGAAGCGUACCAGCUGGAGAACAGCGGACUCUUCCCCUGCCCACUAGCAAUUCUAGCGUUUCCGGCGAGGCGUGGGUUACCGUUGAGUUUGCGCUAAAGAACGACACCGUCUGGGCAGACAAGGGCCAUAUCAUUGCGUGGGACCAGCUUCACCUCAACGCCCCAGCCUCUACCAACUGGACAAGACGUGCAGUUCCUGCCGUUAAGACUCGGCAGUCAGAUAGCUUGGAAUUCAAGCAAGACAGGACGCACCUCAAGGUCGAAAAUGGCGACUCCUCCUUUGACUUCGACCUUCUCCAAGGAAACGUCACCUGGAACAUCAACGGCGUUGACAUCUUCCAACGCGGGCCAGAACUUUACUUCUACCGAGCCCAGACACAAAACGACGAGUCAGAAUGGGGUGACGGACCUAUCUGGGAGGAGGCCAGGCUUAGCUACAUUCACACCCAAGUCCGCGAUGUCAGAUGGCAAGAAGCUGAUGGCGGCCUGACGGUGAACUACAAAGUUCGAGUCGCACCAAAAGUCUUUGAGUGGGGAGCAGAGGCUGAGCUCACUUACACAACUUCUUCCACCGGCCUCAAAGUGCACGCUCGUGGCGAAUUUGUUGGGAACAACACGCCCGAAGUCGUCCCCCGCAUCGGUCUCAUGGCUGUUCUCCCGGUUGAAUUCGACGACGUUGCGUGGUUCGGUCGCGGCCCUGGUGAGAACUACAAGGACACGAAGCAAGGCUGCCGCAUCGGGCGAUAUGAGUCGAGCGUCGAUGACCUCUUCACGUACUACGACUACCCGCAAGAGAACGGCAACCGUGAAGAUCUGCGGUGGGUGCAGAUCGGCAACGGUGAUGUGACUCUCGACGCGAGGAGACCCCAGGAUGACAUCUUCAGCUUCACUGCCCGGCGGUACAUGCCCUUCGACUUGGAUGCCGCGAAGCAUCCUCACGAUCUGAAGCCUCUGGACAUGACGAUAUUAAACCUGGAUUACGAUAAUCACGGAAUUGGGUCGGCGACUGUUGGACCGAGGCCGUUUGAGGAGUACAAGUGCUACACGGAACCUUUCGAUUUCACUUUCGAGCUUAGCGUUGCUUAG